ACUCCCUGUACUUCCGGGGGCCUCGAACCUGCUUCUAGCGCCUUCUCGAUAGGUGGCGCGGGAGGAAAAAGAGGUUCGAGGGGCUGGGCUGGGCAGAUCCCCUCCUUCCCACCUCAUGUGAGCAGUGUCCCGAGACCCGCCAGGCGAAGGCUGCCCACAGAGGUGGAGCCGGUGGCCCGGCCUGGAACAUGAGGCAGUGUCUCCUCUUCCUGACCAGCUUGGUUUCUUUCGUGCUGGCGCCGCGACCUCCGGACGACCCGGGUUAUGGCUCCCAACAGCGACUCGAAAAGCUUGAUUAUUUGCUCUCAGACUACGAUAUUCUCUCUUUGUCCAGUAUCCAGCAGCACUCAGUAAGAAAAAGGGAUCUGCAGACCUCAACGCAUUUAGAAACACUACUAACUUUUUCAGCUUUGAAAAGGCAUUUUAAGUUAUACCUGACAUCAAGUACUGAACGCUUCUCACAGAAUUUCAAAGUAGUGGUGGUGGAUGGUAAAAAUGAAAGCGAGUAUACAGUAAAAUGGCAGGACUUCUUCAGUGGACAUGUGGUUGGUGAGCCUGACUCUAGGGUGCUAGCCCACAUAGGAGAUGAUGAUGUCACGAUAAGAAUCAACACAGAUGGGGCAGAAUACAAUAUAGAGCCACUUUGGAGAUUUAUUAAUGAUACUCGGGACAAAAGAAUGUUAGUUUAUAAAUCUGAUGAUAUCAAGAAUGUUUCACGUUUGCAGUCCCCAAAAGUGUGUGGAUAUUUAAAAAUGGAUAAUGAAGAGUUGCUUCCAAAGGGGCUAGUGGACAGAGAGCCACCCAAAGAGCUUGUCCAUCGAGUGAAGAGAAGAGCUGAACCCAAUCCUCUGAAGAACACGUGUAAAUUGUUGGUGGUCGCAGAUCAUCGCUUUUACAAAUACAUGGGCAGAGGGGAAGAGAGUACAACCACAAACUAUUUAAUAGAGCUAAUUGACAGAGUUGAUGACAUCUACCGGAACACUUCAUGGGACAAUGCGGGUUUUAAGGGCUAUGGAAUACAGAUAGAGCAGAUCCGCAUUCUCAAGUCUCCAGAAAAGGUAAAACCUGGUGAAAAGCACUAUAAUAUGGAAAAAAGUUAUCCAAAUGAAGAAAAGGAUGCUUGGGAUGUGAAGAUGCUGCUGGAGCAAUUUAGCUUUGAUAUAGCUGAAGAAGCCUCUAAAGUCUGCCUAGCACAUCUUUUCACGUACCAAGAUUUUGACAUGGGAACUCUUGGAUUAGCUUACGUUGGUUCUCCCAGAGCAAACAGUCAUGGAGGUGUUUGUCCAAAGGCUUAUUAUAGUCCUGUUGGGAAGAAAAAUAUCUAUUUGAAUAGUGGUUUGACCAGCACAAAGAAUUAUGGUAAAACCAUCCUUACAAAGGAAGCCGACCUGGUUACAACUCAUGAAUUGGGACACAAUUUUGGAGCAGAACAUGAUCCUGAUGGGCUAGCAGAAUGUGCCCCUAAUGAGGAUCAGGGAGGGAAGUAUGUCAUGUAUCCCAUAGCUGUGAGUGGAGACCAUGAGAACAAUAAGAUGUUUUCAAACUGCAGCAAACAGUCAAUCUAUAAGACCAUUGAAAGUAAGGCCCAGGAGUGUUUUCAAGAACGCAGCAACAAAGUGUGUGGGAACUCCAGGGUGGAUGAAGGGGAAGAAUGCGAUCCUGGCAUCAUGUACCUGAACAACGACAGCUGCUGCAACAAUGACUGUACAUUGAAACAAGGCGUUCAGUGCAGUGAUAGGAACAGCCCUUGUUGUAAAAACUGCCAGUUUGAGACUGCCCAGAAGAAGUGCCAAGAAGCUAUUAACGCCACUUGUAAAGGCGUGUCUUACUGCACAGGUAAUAGCAGUGAGUGCCCCCCUCCUGGAAAUGCGGACGAUGACACAGUUUGCUUGGAUCUCGGCAAGUGUAAAGAUGGAAAGUGUAUUCCCUUCUGUGAGCGGGAGCAGAAGCUGGAGUCCUGUGCGUGUAACGAAACUGACAACUCCUGCAAGGUGUGCUGCCGGGACCGCGCUGGCCGCUGCGUGCCCUAUGUCGAUGCUGAACAAAAGAACUUAUUUCUGAGGAAAGGAAAGCCCUGUACAGUGGGUUUCUGUGACAUGAACGGCAAAUGUGAGAAACGAGUGCAGGAUGUCAUUGAGCGAUUUUGGAGUUUCAUUGACAAGCUUAGCAUCAAUACUUUUGGGAAGUUCUUGGCAGACAACAUUGUUGGUUCAGUCCUGGUUUUCUCCUUGGUAUUUUGGAUCCCUUUCAGCAUUCUGGUUCACUGUGUGGAUAAGAAAUUGGAUAAGCAGUAUGAAUCUCUGUCUCUCUUUCACCCCAGUAAUGUUGAGAUGCUGAGUAGCAUGGAUUCAGCAUCGGUUCGCAUUAUUAAACCGUUUCCUACGCCCCAGACUCCUGGCCGUCUCCAGCCCCUGCAGCCUGCCCCAGUGAUGCCCCCAGUUGCUGUGCCUCCGAAACUGGACCACCAGAGGAUGGACACUAUCCAGGAAGACCCCAGCACCGACUCUCACAUCGAUGAAGAUGUGUUUGAGAAGGACCCUUUCCCAAACAGCACUGCAGCAAAGUCUUUUGAAGAUCUCACGGACCGUCCCGUCACAAGAAGUGAGAAGGCAUCCUCCUUUAAGUUACAGCGUCAGAAUCGUGUUGACAGCAAAGAAACAGAGUGCUAGUUUAGGCAUUUCCUUUCUAAGCUCUUUGAUCUAAGCAUGCAAAAUAUUUUUAUAGAUUUGACCUAAAAUCACUGCAUCUCUUUUGUGAAGAUUUGGGAGAAAUAAGGAAGUGACUUAACAGCAGAUGCUGGUCAUGUGUUUGAACUUCCUUCACGUACAUAAUACCAUGUGGUUAGGCCUUUUUCCUUUUCAAGAGGUAAGAUGAACCUAGCUUACUUCCAGCCUUUCAGGUUUUAGUUUUUUUGAUCUUUAAAAUAUCCUUCAACCUGUGGUGCAAAAGUAGAACAAUACAGCUGAAUUAGGUUGUGCAUAUUUACGUUUUUGUAAAUUAACCUUUUAUAUUGGUAACAGCACUGACUAGGGGGAUGAUUUUUUUUUUAUACACUGUAAUGAUCCACUGAAUAUAAUGAGUUAUUUAGCAGUUAUAUGUGAAGACAACUGGAAACACAGAAUAAACUUAUUUUUUUGCCUUCAAGUAAAGACAAAGGAGUGAGAUAAAACCUAGUUAUAAAUUAUCUCCUAAAAGUGGGUUCUAAUUCUUAGUUUUACCCAGAGCUUUCAGCAGCAGGGAGAAUUGCACGUCUAAAUUUAGAAAUAAUUUGGGUUAAUAUGUCUCUAAUUCUCUUAAUAUCUUCUAGAAUUAAAACUGUAGCUUAUAGUGAGGGUUACAAAUAAUAUUAACCAAUGGAAUUCCAGAAUCCUUUCAACUGUUUAGGGCUCCCAUUUGCUAGGUGUUUUUUCUGUGUUUUGUAAGUACCUUGUGCAUCCCUAGUAUUGUGACCAUGCUCUUAAAAAAAUUCACCAGCCACUUCCAGAGAACAGAGUAUGGUUGCCUGUUUCCCAACAGUAGUGGAUGAGUGGGAGUGAGGUAUUCCUUACUAAAAGAACAGGGGUGGUCUGGGAUGGAUAGGGUGUGCUGCUCUGGUCGGGAUGCUGCAGCUGCUGAUUGAUACCUUACAUACCUGUUUUAUUGACCUAUAAGUGUAUAUGUGCAUAACUUCUUAUAGUGCAUCAGGAUUCUGGAUGGUCUGCAUUUACUGUGUGAAGGAUAAAAAUGACCAGAUUGAAUUGAUUUCCAUAAAAUUAUAGUUAAAAGCUUUUUUUUUUAAUUAAGUACUGAAAUGUGUUCAGCAGCCAACACAUUUUAACUUGUAAACUGAGGGCAACUAACCAAACCUGUGACAAAUGAUGUCUUUUUCCUAAGGAUGUUUGUUACGUGGAUACCUGUUACACUAAUACUUGAACUUGUACCCUUUGGUAUUUGCUAUCUUUUAACUAUUCACAAUAUUCUUAUGUUUUAGUUACACUUUUGGAAUAUAAGGUGAGUGGGGUGUGUGGGUGUAUGUAUGAAAGUGAAAGAGUUUCCAGCAGAAUGUAAGAAACCCAUUUUUUAUAAAAUUCUUUUCAAAAAACAAAACUGUCUUCACCUUUUUGCCAUUUACAGAAUUCAGCAUCUGCUCAGGGUAUAUUUUUGUAGCAGUGGCACUGAUGGUACCUGCAUCAAUCAAUAAAUAUUUAAUAAUUUCAAAACAUAAUGUACCCAAGUAUAAGGUUUCCUGAAAAAUCUUAGUACUUUUAUUAAUAUUGGUGGCAAACGCAUUAUAAGCAAAAGUUUAAUAGCCUUGAGAACUAUUUUUUGAUCUUCUUGGAAACAUUCUGUAAAUUAACAAACCAAACUUGAGUUUUCUGUGAUUAACUUAAUGGUCCCCAUCUCCCAGAAGACUGAGUUCAGGUUUUGCUUCUACUACAUCCCGCCAGUAAGGAAGAAGCAAAGGCAGGGAAGAGGUGGUCUUCUCCAACAACGGCCAGAGGUGUGAGAACAGAAAUUCAUUUCCCUUUGGUGAUAAAUGUAGUCCAUCUGAUAAAUAGGAUGAGAAAUCCUGUGAGGGAAAGAGAACUAAGUUAAAAUGUGUAAUUGUUUUAAAUGCCAGUGUAUACUAUUCUUCCAGUUGUGCUCUAGCCUCAAGGAGUCACCCGGCCCCUUCCGUUGCUUCAGGCAUCGGUGCAGCAGUCAUCUCUUUACUCAGAUAAGUGCUCUAAUGUAUGCUGUCUCCCUGAAUGCUCACAAAGCCCUAUCUCUUACAGAAUCGAGGUUCAUAAAAUCACUUACCAUUAAGAGCCUGAGCUGGGAUAUUCUGUGUCUUCUGAAUCAUACAACGUGGUUAUCAGGUUAUUUAUCACAUGAAACAAGAGGCUUAGUGAGCAAAUAUUGUCCAUUAACAACGAAAAUGAAGAAGUUGGUAUUAAGAGUCAAUAUUAUUUUUGAUUCCCUUUUUGUAUAGGUAUUAAAUUGACAGGCAAGUUAUUAGGUGGAAAGAAUACAUACCAUCCAGUGUAGAACAAUAAUUACUGGAAUACAAGAGUCUAGUCUCCCCGCCACCCCCCACAAAACUCGAGAACAUUUACUAUUACAGAAUGUGGGCGAGAUGGUGACUUAGCACACGUGCCAUAACAUUCCCGUGCACCAAAGACCCAAAAAACCAAGCAAAACAGAAGCAAGAUAACAGUCCAGGAACCCUGAACAUCAAAUAAAGUCUAGGGACUGAACGACUGGAAGGAAUAAGAAAAGCAGUGAAAGAGGAGUAACAUGGAACAGUGAAGUCGGCCAGCUCUUCCAGCCCACUGCAGCUAACUUAGGACAAAGCCAGCAGAGACCUUGGGUAAAGAAAACAGCAAGGGAACUUCAUGACUCUCCCCAAAAUUAGAGAACCUCUAUAGAUACACACAGAAAGCAGCAGAGAGAGGGAGGGUGCCAGAUUCAGAAUCAGAUAUUCAGGAGCAGCAGCCCAUGACCUCAGGAACAGGUGCAGCAAGACUGAGCGAACACCUGCCUGCUGUUCCUUCCCUCUCCCUGCCCAGGAGGAAGUGGAGGUAGAACAACUGUGUGACUGCCUCCCGUGCCUCUACCACCACACUGGCCAGUCUGCCUGCAGAGAGCAUCAUUCCACACUCUUGAGCCACCAAACCAAAGACAGAGGCCAAAGCCCAACCAACCCACCCUCAGCUGCCCCGCAAGAUCAGUAAACAGAGACUCCAGCUCCCACACCUACCCACCACUCCACUCACCCAAAGACAGGUGGGGACACCACUCCAGCCACACCUGCCAGGAAUCACCAAAACAAUAAAAAACAGGACCCAGCAAACACUUAUACAAAUGAAAAAAUCAAAUACAGUAACAGCUUAAUGUCCUGGAGACAACAGCAAACCACCUAAAGAAGCAGGGCAAGAUGGCCCCAGCAAGUGACCAUAAUAACAAACCAGAAAUCCUCCCUGAGGAAGAAAAGAUAAUGGAGCUUCCUGAAAAAGAACUCAAAAGGUUUAUGUACAGGAUCCUCAAAGGACUCAAGGAAAACACAGACAAAAUACUAGAAGAAUUCAGGAAAACAAUGCAAGAGAAAAAUGACAAAAUAGACAAUUGGAAAUGAUAUAGAAACAGCAACUAGAAAUCCAGAAGCUUAACAAAAUUUCAGAAAUUGACAACUCAGAGAUAGAAAGUCAUAGGAGUAGAACUGAAACAAUGGAAGAGGACAGGAUCCGCGGAAGAGAAGACUAAUCCCUUGACACGCAUCUAUCUGUUUGAGGAACAAUCAAAAAAUAAUGAAGAAAGGCUAAGAGUUAUGUGGGACACCGUCAAAAGGAAUAACUUAUGUGUGAUUGGAAUCCCAGAAGGGGAGGAGUCAACAAAAAGCACAGAAAGAAUUGUUGAAGAUAUGCUGACAGAAAACUUCCCUAAUAUACAUGAAGCACAACGAACUCCAUACCAGAUAGAUCCUAAUAGCCAAACACCAAGAGAUAAUCAAACUUUCUAAAACCGAAGACAAAGAAUCCUAAAAGCAGCUUGGGAAAAAUGAAAGAUCACCUACCUACAAAGGGGCAUUGAUAAGACUAAGUUCUGAUUACUUGGCAGAAACCAUGCAGGCAAGAAGACAAUGGGAUAAUACAUAUAAAAUCUUUAAAGAAAAAAAAAAAUGCCAGCCAAAAAUUAUUAUUCAGCAAAAUUAUCCCUCAAAUAUGAUGGCAAAAUUAGGACAUUUCCAGAUAAACAGAAAUGAAAGGAAUUUGUAAAAACCAGACCAACUUUACAAGAAAUGCUUCCAGGAGUCCUUCGGACAGAAAACUAAUAAAACACCAGACAACAACCUGAGAUUAAAACACUUGACAACAUCAGACAUAUCAACCCAGAUAAAGAACUUUCAAAAAUAAAGCUAAAAGACGGAAAACAGGGAACCAGAGACAUCAAUCUGUAACUGAUGACCACUUCAAAACAUAAAGGAGGAAUAAAGCGUAUAGGUUUGGAACUUCCAUAUGGAGAAUUCAAAGCAAUAUCAAUAAGUACAUUACUGCUUUAAACACAGGAAGAUAAAGGUAAAUUUCAAGGAAACCACAAAGCAAGUCAACAAACUAUGAUUUUCUUUUUAUAUUUUGAUGAGUAAAGAUUCAGCACACACAAAACCAAAAACGAUAAAGGAAAUGAAAAGACAGGCCACACACAAAAAAAAACUCAGCAUAGAAAAGUAAGUAGAACAAAGAAACCAUCAACACCACGAAAAAAAUCAUAAGAAAAUGAUAGUAAAAAACUCAUACCUCUUGAUAAUCAUGCUGAAUGUAAACAGCCUACAUCGUCAAGUAAAAAGACCGAGAGUAGCAGCAUGGAAAGAAGCCAUGAUCCACCAAUACACUAUCUACAAGAGACACACCUUAGAUGUAAAGGUUAUGUGUCAAGCUAACAACCAAGAGAGAGCAGGAGAGGCAAUAUUAAUCUCUGAUAAAAUAGAUUUUAAAGCAAAAUCCACUAUAAAAAGACAAGGGCAUUAUAUAAUGAUUAAAGGGUCAGUCCACCAAGAGGACAUAACUGUAAUAUAUACACACCCAACCACAGAGCUCCAAAAUAUAUAAAACAAACUCUAACAGCACUGAAAAGAGAAAAGACACUUCCACAAUAUUAGGGGACUUUUAACACACCACUCCUGAUGACAGACUGAACAACUAGAAAGAAACUCAGCAAAGACACAGAAGGUCUAAAUACCACAACCAAGCAACUUGACCUCAUAGACAUACACAGAGCACAGCAGCCACCAGCGGCAAUGCUGCUCAAGGAUCACUCCCCAGAACAGACCACACUUUAGUCCACAAAGCAGCAUCAACAAAUUCAGAACAAUGAAAUAAAGCAUCUUCUCUGACCACAGUGCUAUAAAAGUAGAAAUGAGUAACAGGAAGAGCAAUGGAAAGGGAAAAAAAUUCUAACAAAUGGUAACUAAACACCCUGUUUAAAAACUACUGAAUAAUAGAAAAAAAAUCAAAGAUGAAAUUAAAAUAUUCCUAAAAUCAAAUGAGAAUGAAAACACAACAUAUCCAAACCUUUGGGACACAACAAAAGCAGUGCUCAGCGGUCAGUUUAUAGCAAUAAACAUGCACACAUCAAAAAAGACUGACAAAACAUUAACCCUACAACUUGAACAAUUAGAAGGAGAACAGCAAAAGAAGCCCGCAGUCACCAGAAGAAACAAAAUAAGAAAAAUCAGAGCAGAAAUAAAUAGAAAACAGAAAAACAACAGAAUCAACAAGACAAAGCUGAUUUUUUGAAAGAAUAAAAUUGAGAAACCACUGGCCAAAAUGACCAGAACAGAAGAUGCAAAUAACCCGAAUAAGAAAUGAGGUGGGUAACAUCACAACAGAACCAACUGAAAUAAAAAGGAUCAUAACAGAAUACUAUGAAAAUGUGUACUCUAACAAAUUUGAAAGCCUAGAGGAAGUGGACAGAUUUCUAAGAAUAUACCACCUACAUAAACUAACACAAACCAAGGUACAAAAUUUGAACAGACCUGUAACAAAAGAAGAAAUAGAAAAAGGCAAAAAACACCGAACUCGUUGCUGUCAAGUCAAUCCUAACUCAUAGGGACCCUAUAAGACAGAAUAGAACUGCCUUAUGAGGUUUCCAAGGAGCAGCUGGUGGAUUUGAACUGCUGACUUUUUGGUUAGCAGCAGAGCUCUUAACCACUGAAGAAACUGUGAAGGAGUCAUAAAAAAAACUCUCAACCAAAAAACCUCUGGCCCAGACAGUUUCACUGGAGAAUUCUACCAAACAUUCAUAGAAGAGUUGACAAUGAUUCUACUCAAACUAUUCCAGAACAUAGAAAAGGAAUACUCCCAAACUCAUUCUGUGAAGCCAGCAUAACCCUGAUACCAAAGCCAGUCAAGGACACCACUAAAGAAGAAAACUACAGAUCAAUAUCCCUUAUGAAUAUAGAUGCAAAAAUUCUCAACAAAAUCCUGGCCAAUAGAAUGCAACAGCAUAUCAAAAAAUAAUACAUCAUGACCAAGUGGGAUUCAUACCAGGCAUGCAAGGUUGGCUCAACAUUAGAAAUCAAUCAACCUAAUCUACCACAUAAAUAAAACAAAGGAAAAGACUACAAAGUCAUAUAAAUUUGAUGCAGAAAAGGCAUCUGAUAAAGGAAGUUCAGCAUCCAUUCCUGAUAAAAACUGAACAAAAUAGGAAUUACAGGGAAAUUCCUCAUCAUAAUAAAGAGAAUUUAUACAAAACCAACAUCCUCAAUGGAGAGACUCUGAAAGCAGUCCCCUGAGAAUGGGAACCAGACAAGGAUGCCCUUUAUCACCACUCUUACUGAACACUGUACUGGAAAUCCUAGCGAGAACAAAAAGGCAAGAAAAAGAAAUAGAAGGCAUCCACAUUGGUAAGGAAGAAGUAAAACCCUGUAUUCACAGAUAUGAUUCUAUACACAGAAACUCCACAAGAAAACUACUGGAACUAAUAGAAGCAUUCAGUAUAGUGGCACGAUACAAGAUUAACAUAACAAAAAUCAGCUGGACUCCUCUACAUCAACAAAGAGAACUGUGAAAAGGAAAUCAGGAAAACAAUACAAUUUACAAUAGCCACCAAAAGAUAAAAUGUUUAGGAAUAAAUCUAACCAGGGAUGUAAAAAAGUUUAUACAAAGAAAACUACAAAACACUACUGCAAGAAACCAAGAGACCUAUAUAAAUGGAAAAACAUACCAUGUUUUUGGAUAGGAUGACUUAAGAAUGUGAAAAUAUCAGUACUACCCCAAACGAUACAUAGAUAUAAUGUAAUGUCGAUCCAAAUCCCAACAGAAUUCUUCACCAAGAUGGAAAAAGUAAUCACUAACUUUACAGGGAAGGGAAAGAGGCCCCAAGUAAGCCUUAUUAGAAAAGAACAAAGUAGGAGGCCUCACACUGCCCGAUACCAGAAUCGACUAUACAGCCACGGUAGUCAGAACAGCCUGGUACUGGUACAACAGCACACAGACCAGUGGGACAGAUUGAGAAUCCAGAUGUAAACCCAUGCACCUACGGAUAGCUGACCUUUGAUAAAGGACCAGAGGAGACUGGGGAAUAGAUAGACUCUUCAACAAACAGUGCUGGCAAAAUUGGACAUUUAUAUGUAAAAAAAUGAAACAGGACCUAUACCUCACACUACAUACAAAAACUAAUUCAAAAUGGACCAAAAAGACCUAAAUAUAAAACCUAAAACUAUAAAAAUCAUGGAGGAAAAAUUAGGGACAAUGCUAGGUGCCCUGAUACGGCAUAAAGAGAUUAUUAAACAUAACUAAAAGUGCACACACAGAAGAAAAUGAACUAGAUAAAUGGGACCUCCUAAAAAAUAGUUUUUAGGCUCAACAAAGACUUUUCCAAAAGAGUAAAAACAGAACCUACAGAUUGGGAAAAAAAUUUUGACUAUGACAUAUCUGACAAGGGUCUAAUCUCUAACAUGUAUAGAAAACUUCAACAUAUCAACAAAAAAAAAAAGGCAAAUAACCCAACUGAAAAGUGGACAAAGGA